AUGCCGUUGAAAUGGAAAAGCGGGUCUCCUGUCAGCUGGAAAUUCCCAAUGCCAGUUCUUAAGACAUCCAGGUCCUCUCCCCUUUCGCCUGCCUACAUAUCCCUUGUGGAGGACGACGACGCACACAUGAAAGUCGCUCUUGGUUAUGGUGAUAUGGGCAUUUCUGCUCAUCUUCAGGCAUCAAAGACUGGAAACACUCGGUUCUUCACAAGCAACACUCACAGCUCAGUGGUUCUUCAGGGAUUUGACCAGCUUAGGAUAGAAGGUUUGCUCUGUGACGUCACCCUGGUGGCAGGAGAUGGUGAUGAAGCUUUUCCUGUUCAUCGCGCCAUGAUGGCCUCCUCCUCAGACUACUUUAAAGCCAUGUUCACAGGUGGAAUGAAAGAACAGGAUUUAAUGUGCAUUAAGCUUCAUGGAGUAAACAGAAUAGGCCUGAAGAAGAUCAUAGACUUUAUCUACACAGCAAAGCUGUCGCUCAAUAUGGAGAAUCUUCAGGACACACUUGAAGCAGCCAGUUUUUUACAAAUCCUUCCUGUGCUGGACUUCUGCAAGGUUUUUCUCAUAUCUGGGGUGUCUCUGGAUAACUGUGUAGAAGUGGGGCGCAUUGCAAACACGUAUAACCUGACAGAAGUGGACAAAUAUGUGAAUAACUUCAUCCUUAAGAACUUCCCUUCUUUGCUGGGCACGGGAGAGUUUGUAAAGCUCCCUUUCGAACGGCUGGCUUUUGUUCUGUCCAGUAAUAGUUUAAAGCACUGCACUGAAUUGGACCUGUUCAAGGCUGCAUGUCGCUGGCUGCGCUACGAAGACGGUCGAAUGGACUACGCUUCAAAGCUCAUGAAGAAUAUUCGCUUUCCCCUCAUGAACCCACAGGAGCUCAUCAAUCAUGUGCAGACGGUGGACUUCAUGCGCACAGACAACACCUGCGUCAACCUUUUAUUGGAAGCUAGCAAUUACCAAAUGAUGCCCUACAUGCAGCCGGUCAUGCAGUCGGAACGGACAGCCAUUCGCUCGGAUAGCGCCCACCUGGUCACGUUGGGGGGCGUUCUCCGACAGCAGCUGGUUGUGAGUAAGGAGCUGCGUCUCUUCGAUGAAAAAGCUCACGAGUGGAAGGCGCUGGCACCCAUGGACGCCCCUCGUUACCAACACGGCAUCGCAGUCAUCGGCAAUUUCCUUUACGUUGUGGGCGGCCAAAGCAAUUAUGACACCAAAGGCAAAACAGCAGUGGACACGGUGUUCCGGUACGACCCCCGCUACAACAAGUGGAUCCAGGUGGCAUGCCUUAAUGAGAAACGCACCUUCUUCCACCUCAGCGCCCUCAAGGGACAUCUGUACGCCGUGGGGGGACGGAACGCUGCCGGUGAACUUGCUACUGUGGAGUGCUACAACCCAAGGACGAACGAAUGGACGUACGUUGCCAAAAUGAAUGAGCCACAUUACGGACAUGCUGGAACGGUCUAUGGAGGUUAUAUGUAUAUUUCAGGAGGAAUCACUCAUGACACCUUUCAGAAGGAGCUUAUGUGCUUUGACCCAGAUGCGGACAAAUGGACUCAGAAAGCCCCCAUGACGACUGUGCGGGGCCUGCACUGCAUGUGCACGGUGGGCGACCGCCUUUACGUGAUCGGGGGCAACCACUUCCGCGGCACCAGCGACUACGACGACGUGCUCAGCUGCGAGUACUACUCGCCGGCGCUGGACUUGUGGACACCCAUCGCCGCCAUGCUGCGAGGUCAGAGUGACGUGGGAGUGGCCGUGUUCGAAAACAAGAUCUACGUGGUGGGCGGCUACUCGUGGAACAAUCGCUGCAUGGUAGAAAUAGUCCAGAAGUACGACCCGGAGAAAGACGAAUGGCAAAAAGUGUUUGACUUACCCGAGUCGCUCGGCGGGAUCCGGGCCUGCACGCUGACAGUUUUCCCGCCCGACGACAUGUCGGGCUCGCCCUCCAGAGAAUCCCCCCUCUCUGCACCUUGAUGAGUAAAGAAGUGGGGGGUGAGAGUCCUCCUGUUUUGCCUAUACCUGCUCUACAACACGUCUGAUGGGACAACGUUUGCACUUGCUUUUUUGGAGAAACACUUGUACUGCAUCCCAAGUAUCCUGAGGUCCACACCUAUCGUGGCCGUGCAGAGACUUCUUCCUGACUGAGUAAACUGACAUAACGUGGUUCGGCAACCUAAUUACACCUUGUUGCUCACUUAUUUUUUUUGACAAGCUAUACCUUGACUUGAAACUUUGCAAAUCAACUUUUCUACCUGAUGUCUUUGAGGUUUUCUUAUGUCUCGUUUCCUCCAGUGAUCUACCUUGAGACGCUGACUACCGUCUGACUUACUUCUAGUCUAUGCCAGGUUAAUACAGGUGAUCUAAGAGAAGGGACGAGCUCUGAAACGGAUGGUUUUUAACUCAGGGGUUGGCCCAGGCCCCGUCUGCGUCUCACAGUUUCAGCGUUGCUAUGAAGCUGUUAACAAAAAUGUUUUCUAAAUUUAAUAAACAUGGUUUUGAAAUUAA